UCUUUUAUGUUUUGUCCCAUUCUCGAUGAUUGUUGCUGAUGCAAUUCGGAUUUUUGACUUUUUCAUGUUUAACAUUAACAAUAUCUUUAAUUUAGAGUUACAAUGGCGGAUGAGAGUGAUCCAAUUGACUUUAGAGAAAGGCAAGAAAAUGAAGUAGAAGUUUUGAAAGCUAUAUUUAUGGAUGACUUUCAGGAUAAAACUCGAGACCCCUCGCAAGGUCUUGAGGUUCACCUUCAUUUGAUGCCUCAGCAGGGUAUGAGCGGUAGCGGGGAUGUCCAUGUCAUGGCUGAUAUGACUAUCAUCUGCCCUCCUAAAUACCCAGACCAAUUACCAACAGUUACAAUAGAAAAUGGCAGGGGAAUAUCAAAAGAAAAAUUGAAGCAAGUAAAAAAGGAGGUGGAUAGCAAGGCAAAGAAACUGCGUGGUGAAGUAAUGAUAUUAGAGCUAGCACAGCACGUCCAGCAGUUCUUGCACAGUCAUAACGUGCCUGGCCCAAAGUCUUUCUAUGAAGAGAUGAUGAGCAAUCAGAAGAGAGCAGAGGAGAAGGUGGAAAGAGACAAACAGAAACAACAGGAGCUCAGAAAGAAAAGAGAAGAGCGAGAGAGAUUGGAAAUAGACAUAGAGAUCCAGAGAAGGCAAGAUGCAAUGAAAGAGCUGAAGAAGAGGAAAGACCUUACAAAACAGGAUUCUGAUGACAGCAAAGAAUCGAGAGAAAGACACAACUCUGAUCCUCCGGGUAGUCAGUCCCCGACUAGGAAACGAGUCGAUAGUGGGUCACUAGAUGGCUCCGACUCCAGCUCACCCCAAUCAAAAGGAAAGUGGCAAUUUGAUAUGGUGGACAAAGGAGGGGAUACAAGGAUACGAGCAAGGACAUUUAGUGCGACGAACGCUUCCAGACAACUCAUUGAGACUUCACAUCAAAACAGCCACAGAAAGGCGAGACUUGUUAGACAGCUGAGCGGCGGAAAGAAGGACCAUGUCACUAUUAUCAACUUCCACACCAAAGGAGAUAGGAAUGUCCACAAAGGAAGAUUACUUGGUUUCAACCCAGAAGGGAGCAGUGUCUAUGCAGGCAUGGACGCUCAUUCAGGUGACCUUCUAACUAUCCGUGAAUGGGUGAUAAAAUGGAAGCACGGGAAAGGAAGAAAACCUCUACCAGACGAAGAACAAGCAGCAGAAGCUUGCCUUAAACAGUGUGCUAGUGUAGAACAGGAGCUUCUGUCGUUACUUCGUCUGGAACAUGCAAACAUUGUCCAUUAUCUUGCCAUUAACUACAAUAAAGGAAAAGAAGAUAUAAAUGUUCAGCUUCUAAUGGAGUUUGUCGGUGGAGGAAACCUUUCGCAGAAGUUGGAAAACGUGUGCCUUACGUCCUUUGAUCUCUUGAGGGAGUAUGCCAUCGACCUUCUCAAUGCAUUACAGUACCUACACAGCCAUGCCGUGGUUCACAAACAGCUACGAGCCUCGCAGGUCUAUGUAGAUUGCGAUGGGCGGUUACGGGUUGCUAACUACAGUAUGUGCAAGAGGUUGAAUGAGCUUGCUCAAUCAGUGAACGAAGGAAAACAGACUGUGAGAUUCAGUGACGAUAGAACGUAUGGUGGAAGAGGAGGAAAGAAAGGAGACGUACUUGAUCUGGGACUGUUAUUGCUAGGUUUAUUGCUUGGCACAUCAGAUGUGCAAUACCCAUGUGAAGUGCCACAGGAUCUUCCAUUAGAUCUACAAGAUUUUCUGAAAAGGUGUAUAGACAUAGAUGAAAGGAGUCGUGCUAACGUCCAGUCUUUACUUGAUCAUCCAUUUAUCAAACCAACACUAACAGACAAUCCUGAUCCUCCCAGUGUAUCAUACAGUGAAAGUAGAAUGCAAGAGGAGGAUGCUGCCCUGGACUUUCCUGGCGUUCCCACGGCUGACAUCAAUCUGGGUGUGUCGAGGCUUCAGAGUGAAUUCGAGUUCUUAAACCACCUGGGUAAAGGUGGAUUCGGAAGUGUUAUCAAGGUUCGUAACAAGCUUGAUGGUAACCUGUAUGCUAUCAAGAAGAUCUUACUCAAUCCCAAGAGCAGGGAACUCAACAAGAAGAUCACCCGAGAGGUCAAGCUACUCUCAAGGCUCAAUCAUGAAAACGUUGUCAGAUACUAUAACUCAUGGAUUGAGGUUGCAGAGGAACCGCCUUCCACCGACACUGAAGAUUCUAAAACCACAGGGACAGUGGAGACCUCACCUGAAGCCAAUGGGGUCAACAUGGGCACGAGGAAGGUACCCCUUGCCGUUAAUAGUCUCAGUUUGUCAGACAACAUUGAAGAACAGGCACUGAAACUCAGUAUGCGUAACUCUGUAGAAUGGAGUUCUUCAGGGAACAUAGGUCUGAUUGGUGAUAGCGAUGAUUCUUCUAGUGACGAUGAAGGUGUCUUUGGAAGAUCUUUCUUACCGCCAUCUGAUGAUUCAUCUUCUGAUGGGAUAGACUUUGAAAGGAGUGAUGGAGAAGAAGAAUCAGAAAGUGGUCAGUCAAUAUCAAAACAUGAAUCCAAAAGGAACAAAUCCAAGUCAGACGAGGAAGACAACUCCGAAGACAAUCCAGUAUUCUCACCUGUUCAAUAUCUUUAUAUCCAAAUGGAAUUCUGUGAGAAGAGCACUUUGAGGACUGCUAUAGAUGCUGGCAUGUAUGAUGAUAAGAGACGAUUAUGGACUCAUUUCAGGGAGAUCAUUGAGGGACUUGCUCAUAUCCAUCUCCAGGGUAUGAUACAUAGAGACCUGAAGCCAGUGAAUAUCUUCUUAGAUUCCAAUGACUUUGUCAAGAUUGGUGAUUUUGGUCUGGCUACCUCAGAGCAGAUGGCUGGGGCACUGACCAGCGAGGUCUCGUGUCAUAACAGAUUGACGGAGUCAUCGCAGUCAGGAGAAGCAACACCUGGCAACCAUCUGACGGGGAAGGUUGGAACAGCACUGUAUGUAGCACCAGAACUAUGCAAGGCACGAAGUAGCCAUUAUAACCAAAAAGUGGACCUGUACAGUCUCGGUAUAAUCUUCUUUGAGAUGUGUUAUAGAUCACUAUCUACCGGCAUGGAGAGAGUCAAGAUAUUGGGCCAAAUCAGACAGGAGUCGAUCCAGCUUCCCGAGGACUUCGACGAGGUGCGGAACACUAACGAGACGGCCAUCAUCCACUGGCUCCUGAACCACGACCCCAAGCAGAGACCGACCUCCCACGAGCUCCUGGAGAGCAAGCUCCUGCCUCCGCCCCAGAUGGAGGAUGCCCGGCUCCAGGACAUGCUCCAUCAGACGGUGGCCAAUCGGCAAUCCAAGGGAUACCACUAUCUCAUGACGGAGCUCUUCGCCGUCGAAAGCAGGCCAGUGGCGGACUUCACCUAUGAUAUUGACAUGCAUAAGGGCUUCUCAUUGAAGAACUCCCUGACUCAGCAGAUGGUGUAUGACACUGUACAGCGUAUCUUCCAGAAGCAUGGAGCCGUCCGUAUCAACACCAUCAUGUUACUACCUAAGACCAAGCUAUAUGAACACAGUGAUAUGUGCGCUCACUUCAUGGACCACAGUGGAGGGAUAAUGACCUUGCCCUAUGACCUCAGGGUACCUUUUGCUAGGUAUAUAGCUCGUAACAACGUGACCAAUCUCAAAAGGUAUUCUAUAGAGCGAGUGUUCAGAGAAAGGAAACUUUUCGGUAGUCACCCCAGAGAACUGACAGAGUGUGCUUUCGACAUCGUCACCAACUCUAGAGGGAGCCUUCAACCAGAUGCGGAGGUUCUUCAUCUUGUCACCGAGAUCAUCAAUGAUAUCCCAGAACUGCAGGCAAGGAACUAUUCCAUCCGGCUGAACCAUACUGGUCUCCUAACAGCCAUCUUGAAUUACUGUGGAGUCCCAGAGGAGCUCCAUGGGAGUCUGUAUCGGACUCUGAAUGAGGCCAGGACCGAGAGACUUACCAAGGUCCAGACACAGACUAGGCUCUGCGGGAUGUCAUUCACUGAGCAACAGGUUGCCAGUUUAUACCAGUAUAUCGACCUUGAAUGCCCGCUCAGUAAACUGAUCGCUACCCUCAAACCUCUGACCAAAGGUCAAGGUCAGAAUGCUUCGAUGGUCAAGCAAGCACUGCAUGAGCUAGAGGUCAUCAUCUCCCAGACUCAGGUUUAUGGUGUCAAGCUGGAGAUGCUGAUUAACGUGGGUUUGGUGUACAACAUCCAGAUCUUUUCAGGAGUAAUCUUCCAGUUUGUUGCCAGCAUCGGUCGUCCAAAAAAGAAACCCACCCUGGAUGUAUUAGCAGCGGGUGGUAGAUAUGACAAACUGGUCCCAGAGUUCAAGAAACCCCACUGCACGCAGCAGAACGUCCCGGGACCCCUGGCGGUCGGAAUCAGCGUGUCCUUCGAGAAGAUCAUCACCGCGGUCCUCCAGGAAUCGCAGAGUGACAUAGUGAGCUCCUUCGUCAGGCGAACCUUUAGUGAUGUUGUUGGCCUCGACCAUAGACAUGUAGUACAGCCCAAUGAUGGCAAGACGCUGAGUGUGUGUGACAUCCUGGUCGUCUCGGUAGGCAGUAGUACCCUGAUAAGAGACCGAAUCAAGGUGGUCCGUAACCUAUGGGCGGCAGGAUUCCAUGCUGAUAUACUCUACGAUGACUCGCUGAGUCUAGAAGAAGCGCAGGACUAUUGCAGAGCGAUGGGGAUCUCUCAUCUGGUAAUCCUGAAGGAUUCAGAAACAUUGAUAAAGGUCCGUUCCUUCGACAAGGAGAAGGUCAUUGUCGAGUCAUCGGUCAAUUUCUAUAACCUUGUUGAGCAUCUUCAAAUGAAAUUCAGUAAAGUUGAGUUGACAGAGCAAAGUCCUCAGGUGGCCUCUAAGAGUAAGAGUAUAUACGACGUCAACCAAGGCAGUGGUCUUCCUCAGUAUAGGGUCGACUUCAUCACCAUGGACAAGCUGGAUAACAACGCAAGGAAGAGAUAUGAACGACAGAUCCAAGUGAGGAUAGAGUCUGUACUGGAGAUGUUUUCUUCACGCUGUAUAGUGGUGGUCAUUGCUGUUGAUCUUCCUCUGUGUGUGUUGAAGAACAUGGCUGUCAUGUUAGAUUUUGAUAGUGAUGGAAACUCAUUCCAGGCUAGUGUUUCAUCAGUAACAGAGAAAUACAACAAAUACAGGAAAUAUAUCAACAAAAUUGCUGAUGAGAUGUUCGAACUCAAACAAGAAGAAGAUGGCAACGUUCCGUUGGUGUUAUACACAUACAGAGAAGAUGGUUUCAAAGUGGUACUAUGACCAGUAUCUCAUCAUGAUGGUAUCUCAACUGAAAUAAGGGGAGCAUUCCAUGAAAUGAAUAGACAGUAAUUUACACUGACAACUGUUAUAAGCUACCGAUAUUCUUGCAUAUGAUUGGGUUAGAACAAAUUUGUCGGUGAAAACCACAGGAUAUUUGCUUCAUAAAACACUCCUGGAGCCCGUAACACAAAGCUUAGCAAUGAUCAUAGAACAAAUUUUCACUAUUGAUGCAUAUACUACAAUGUACAAUCAAUCGUUAAAAUCAUCAUUCUUAUCUGGCUUCCAAUCAUUCAGUACUUCAUGUACAGGGGAGUGUUUCACAGAGAUUUUUGUCAGUGGUUUUCACUGACUAUUGUUAUAAGCUACUGGAAAUCCUUGAUUCUGAUUGGCUGAAAGCCAAUUUGUCAGUGAAAGUCACUGAAAAAAACUCUGCAUGAAAUGCUCCCCAGGGGAGCGUUGCAUGAACCAUCUUGUCAGUGAUUUCCACUGACCAAGUUGCUCUGAGCCAAUCAGAUGCAAGGAUUUCAGUAGCUUACAAAAAUAGUCAAUGAAAAUAAUUGGCUAUUUCUUUUGUGAAAUGUUCCCCUGAUCUGUGACCAAAAGAAAAUGGCAAAUUUGAACACCAUGAUAUGAAUAGCCAUCUGUCUGUAAAUACAAACUAGACAUGGUUCACGGCAAUCUUUUUCCUUAUUCUUCAUCUACCUGAUUUCACGCAUGCCCUUGAGAAAGCUUUUUAGUAUACAAAUAAUGAAUGUUUAUGAGUGCAGUGGACAGUAUACUUCAUGAGGUGAAAGAUGAAAUGAUCCAUUCAACGAGGCAUAGCGGAGUUGAAUGGAUUAUUAAUUUCAUAUUUAUUCUGUUCAUUGUUCGAAUGAAAAGAACAUUCAUUAUUUGUUUUAUAUGACACCCAAAAUAUAGAUCUUUGUCAUUUGACAUUUACAAAUUUGAAUAAAAGUGCAUUCUGUCCGAAUGCGGCCUGUCAAUUGUCGCAUACAUUCAACACGACCAUUGCAAACACACGUGUAGCGCCUGUGGUGUCGGCACGUGUGCAAUGUACAAAAUAGUAUGGAUCCAAAAUUGCACGAUGAAUGGAUGCAAAAUUGCACGGAUGAUGACGUCAUUGUAAAAUUGGCUGAAUGAUCGAUAUCAAACAACCAAUCAAAUGACAAGGAUCUAUCUUAGUGUCAUAUAAUUGCUACUAAUCAUUAAAGUAAAUGUCUCUAGGUCUGUUGUACACAAUGGUGAGUUAUAAACUCAAGGACCCAGUUUACAUCUUGGCUCAUUUUACAUUCCAUAUACUAGCAAGAGAAAUAGAUAAAAGUGUAUGUGUAUGUUUGGUUUAUAGUACAGGCGACUACCCUUAAUUGUUCAAACCAUUAUACAAUGAGCAUGGACCCCGUAAAGUUGAUGAGAACUUCCAUGUCAUUCACAAAAAGCUUGUCAGAUCGGAUGCAAUUUCAAUUCACUGUCACCCUGCUUGCAUAAAACUUUGAAGAGAUUUGUUUGUCAGACAGCCCCUAAUUUGGGGGUUACUUUAUACGUUUGAGGUCCAUGAGUAACAAUGUAACAUUAUAUCCCAAAGGAGAGGUUUGGGUGUAAAGUCCUGUUUUAGUGGUCGCCUGUCUAUAGCAGCCACUUGCCUGUAGUGACCACUAAAACUGCUUCCCAUGGAGGCAUGUUAUGUGUAUAAGAACUUGUCAAUAGCAAUCACCUGUCUUUAGUGAUCACUAAAACUGAUUCCCAUGGAGGCAUGUUAUGUGUAUAUGAAUCUUUCUGCAGUAUAGUAGCUACGUCUCUGUAAAGGAAAAGUUUUGUGUUUGCCUUGAGGGUGGGCACUAUAGACAGGUUUCACUGUAUAUUAUAAAAUCAUAGAAACUGACACAAAUGUCCAUCAAGUAGGGAUGUUCAUAUGCCCCGUGGAAAUAUCAUAAUUACUGACAAUCAUGAGAUUUUUUUUAUUGUUCACUCCUUUCUCUUUAAAAAAAAAAAUUAAGAUUCAUAAUGUCUUUAUGUAUCAAGUACUUAGUCACUUUGUUAUAUACUAGUACAUAAAUGUCCACUUUAGUCUUCCAGCCACUGUAUAUAAUGUUAUUUUAUAUUGAGAUUGAGGCAAGUGAUCAAGUGUUGUAUUCUCCUUUAUGGUUUACAGCUCUUAUAUUGUAUUUGUUAAUUUGAUUUGUCAAAGAGACAAAAUAUGUAUAGAUUUUAUCCACAUUUCAAGCUUAAAGCAAAUGUAAAGCCGUUCUUUUUGUACCUUUUGUAUUAUAGAAAGAUUAAUUUAUUUUUGGUGCUAAAGAUCUUAUUGUGACAUUAAUGGUUAAUAGGGGGUAUGACAUAAAGCUGUUCAUAAAAACACAAUGAACUUGACAAAUUAUUAGAUUGUUGCAAACCAGUUUCUAAAGCAAACAUGUUUUUAAUCACCUUAUUUUAUAAGUAGGGCUAUUAAUUUCAGGUUUUCUGCACCCGGGUACCCUUGUAAAUUUCAGGCGGGCACCCAGAUACCCAAAAUUGAUCAAUUCAGUAAGGGUCUAACAAGCAGGAACUAGUCUGAAGACUUCAGACUGUGUUUAGACAUCUUUGGCUCUAUCCUGCAUAACUUUCUAAACAUUUUUUAAUAGAAGAAACAGUCCCAACCCUUCAUUUAAUGUUAUAAUUCUUGUGAGCACUAUACACUUAUGUGAAAAAUGUAUAACUGUAGGAUAUCUUUGUGCAAUUCACCAACUCAUUCAAAUUUGAGCUAAUAAAUAGGCACCGCUACACUAUGCCUUGCUUUCCU